CACAAGUGAUCAACAUUAACUUGCAGUCUGUUGUAAAUUAAAACGGAACUCUCAGAGUCGGAGUUACGUCAUCGGUGUGCGACGUAGCGUGCAGUCAGGACUGUGACUGUGAAGGACGCCGACAAGACGCUCGGGAUGAAAUAAGUCAAAUACAAAGGAGGACGUGUGAUGGCUUUGUCGUGUCUAACUCGAGCUCUGCGCUCCCUGACCGUCUCCCAGCCUGCUCUGCUCUCCUCACAGGUGGCUGCACAGUGUAAGCUGGGAGCUCAGGUGCCCACCACAGUAGGUCAGCACAGAGGUUUCCUCACCACAGCCGCUCUGCAGCAGAACAAGACAUUUUGGAAGAAGAGGGAGAAGUACACUAUCAAGCCAAUAGGAAUGAAAAAGACAGGAGGCAGAGAUCACACAGGAAAGAUACGGACACAUGGCAUUGGUGGUGGCCAUAAACAAAGAUACCGGUGGAUAGACUUCCAAAGACUGCGCUAUGAACCAGGCAAAGAGGAACAGCCCUUUGAGGAGAAGGUUGUGGAAGUGCGAUACGACCCAUGCAGGUCUGCUGACAUUGCCCUGGUAGCCGGAGGCAACCGCAAGAGAUGGAUAAUCGCAACCGAGAACAUGCAUGCUGGAGACAUCAUUAAAACAUCUGGAGUUAUUGGACGCAUGGCAGUCUUAGCAAAUGAAGGUGAUGCCUACGCACUGGGAGCUCUUCCUGUGGGGACACUGGUGAAUAACCUGGAGAUUCUACCAAGGAGGGGAGCAGAGUACAUUCGUGCUGCGGGCACAAGUGGUGUUUUGCUCCGUAAAGUAAACGGAACAGCAAUCGUUCAGCUUCCUUCAAAGCAGCAGGUUCAGGUACUGGACACCUGCAUGGUAACAGUGGGACGUGUGUCCAACGUCAAUCACAACAAACAGAGUAUUGGCAAAGCGGGUCGCAAUCGCUGGUUUGGCGUUCGCCCUUCAAGCGGCUUGUGGCAGAGGAAGGGAGGCUGGGCAGGACGCAAGAUUAAACCGCUGCCCGCCAUGAAGAGUUACGUCAACCUGCCCUCCAUCGCAGCCAAAUAACAACAGGAGUCUGGACAUGUUUGGGACUGGAGAUUGUUGUAUUAUUUUGGUCCCUGCAGUGAAAUCAAUAUGAAUAAAGAAAAACUGUUUGUACAGAAGAUUAAAAAUUUUAUUAAACACAA